GCUAUUGUUAUUUUUCGGAAUUUCGGAUCCUGUUUUGGUUUUGCUUGCGACUGAAGGACUGAAGUGACCGAAAAUGUUCGGCGGCACCCGCCGGGGGUUCUCGUAGGCCAUCACGGUCGCUCUCUUGGUCGAGCGUUACCUUCGGCAACCGAUCAAGUCACAGCUGACCUCGUGAAUCAAUGUCUGAACGCGUACUGCCCAAGCUCGCCCGAGUGGUGAUAUGCGGCGCGGGAGUGGUGGGCAACUCGAUCGCCUACCACCUGGUCAAGCGCGGAUGGACCGACCUGGUGGUGCUCGAGAAAGGGCGCAUCGGCUGCGGUGCGACGUGGCGCAGCAGCGGUCUGGCGGGGCAGCUCCACCCGACCGUCAACGGCAUCAUUGCCCGCUCCAGCGUCAAGCUGUACGACAGCCUGCAGCAGGAAGGCCACGACAUCGGCUGGCAACAAUGUGGUACCCUCAGUGUUGCCAGGACACGCAAGCGCAUGGUGUCCCUCCAAAGGUUGGCUGCUGAAGCACGUGCGCGGGGCGUCGACUGCACCGUGCACCAGCCGCAGUCCCUCAAGGAGCUCCACCCGUUUCUCAGGACAGAGGACCUGGCGGGAGGUGUCUUUGUGCCUGGGGAUGGUGUGGUGGAUACAGAGGCACUGUGCCAGACCCUCGCUAAGCUGGCCCAGGAGGGAGGUGCCCAGUACGUGGAGGAGUGCCAGGUGCACAGAGUUCUGAGCCACGAGGGCACCGUGGUCGGUGCCGACACCGAGCUGGGCACCAUCAACUGCGAGUACUUCAUCCUGGCUGGAGGCAUGUGGUCCCGGGAGUUAGCCCAGGCCAGCCAGCCCAAGUUUUCUGUGCCCAUCCACGCUGCCAAGCACUCUUUUGGCGUCACCAAGCCAUUGGACGACACGGACCGCUCCCUGCCGGUGGUGUGGGACUACGAUGGCCGCGUGUACAGCCGUACCUUUGGCCGCGGCUUCUUGGUCGGCGGCUUUGAGGAGACGGCCAAGCCACUCUUCCACUACGACGUGCCGGACAAGUUUGAGUUCCUCCGUCUGGCACCGGACUACCCUCAGUUCAAAAGCAUCUACGAGCAGUUCCAGCACCGUUUCCCAGACCUUCGCCACCUGGAGCUGGCAGAACUCGUAACGGCACCGGAGACCUUCACACCAGACAACCACUGCAUCCUUGGAGAGACAUCCGAGGUAGAGGGCCUGUUCCUGGCCGUGGGCAUGAACGGGGCCCAGGCCCAGAGUGCGGGCGGGGUGGGGCGUGCCCUGGCACUGUGGCUGUGUGACGGGGCCCCCCGGGCCUACCUGCUGCCCUGCGACUGCCGCCGCUUCCUCGACCUGCACAACAACGCCAAGUUCCUCAGGGAGAGGGUCACCGAGGCCGUGGGGCGCACCUGCCUCGAGCCACACCCGCUCCAGGCGGAGUUCCGCACGGGCCGGCGUCUUCGCUGCUCGCCGCUGCUGCCCCUGCAGGAGCAGCAGGGGGCCGUCCUCGGAGAGCGCAUGGGCUUCGAGAGGGCCCUCUUCUUCGACACGCAGCACGAGUCGGGGGAGAGGCAGAUGAGCGCAUCUCCCACGUACGGCCAGCCCGACUGGCUGGAGCUGGUGCACCAGGAGUACGUGGCCUGCCGGGAGAGGGUGGGGAUCAGCGACAUGUCCUCCUUCACCAAGUUCUACCUCGAGUCUGGCGGCCUGGAAGUGGUGUCCCUGCUGCAGAUUCUCUGCUCCAACGAGGUGGACGUUCCGGUGGGGCACAUCGUGCAGACGGGGAUGCAGAACGACCGGGGAGGCUACGAGAACGACUGCAUCCUCGUCCGCAUGGACGCCAACCGGUACUUCAUGGUGUCCCCCACGGCGCAGCAGACGCGCAUUGCCAAGUGGGUGCGGCGGCACCUGCCACGGGACGGCUCCGUGUCCCUGCGGGACGUCACCUCACUCUACACGGUCCUCUACGUCCUGGGUCCCAAGUCCAGGAGCCUACUCGAGGAGGUCACGGGAAGGGAAAUCGACCUGGAGCCAUUCACCUGCCAGGAGAUGGACGUUGCGUACGCCACCAACGUGCUCGUGCUCGGCUACAACAACACCCUGGAACCCGGCUACUCUCUGUACAUCCCUUCGGAGUACGCCCAACAUGUGUACGGGCGGCUGAAGAAGGCCGGCCGAGACUACGGCGUUCUGGACGUGGGCUACUAUGCGCUGCGCAUGCUGCGCAUUGAGAAGUUUGUGCCAUUCUGGGCAGAGGAACUGGACAGCAGCGUCACUCCCCUCGAGGCCAACCGCAGCGCAAGGGUCAAACUCCAGAAGGAGCCGGCGUUCAUUGGGCAGGCUGCGCUGCAGCAGCAGGCCCGGGAGGGCCUCCGUCGGCAGCUGGCCUUCUUCCAGCUGGGAGGGGAGCACGACUGCGAGCGGGACCCCUGGGCCUGGGGCCAGGAGCCCCUGUUCUGCGAGGGACGCUUUGUGGGGCUCACUUCCUCGGGCAGCUACGCCUUCUCCCUGGCCAAGAACGUCUGCCAGGGCUUCGUCCACUGGUUCGACCCCGGCAGCAGGCAGUUGCAGCUCCUGCCCCCGGGGCUCAUCUCCCAGGGACGCUUCGAGGUGGAAUUGGCUGGCCGCAGGUUUCCCGUGGAGGCGUCGGUGGUGGCCCCCAAGCUGACCGUGGCCCCCAUGGGAGGGGUCAGGGAUCGCUACAAGCCACAGGCCAGGACCCUGCUCUGAGGCCCCGCCCACUUCCGGUCCCAAGCGGCACACGUCUCGAGAAGCGUCGGCCAACGUUUGCCAAUAUCGCCCCUAUAAUUUUACGGAAUGUUAGUCAUCGACGUACCCACUAGUUAGGGCACAUUGGCUGUAAUUUGUGGCUAUAGAACCGUCGAAAGAAGUGGCACGGUAAGUUACUUCUAGAAGCUAACUGACUGCAUCUAGUCACCUCCCUCUUUGGGUGUCUGUUUUGGAUCUUCGGAACGUUGGUAAACGACUAAACUCAUUUUUGCCACUCUACUGCACCUAGGUGGUUGUAUCCGGCACGUGGUACAAAGUGUGCAACACUCAGGUUUGCACUUCAAAGCGACAGAGACGUUUUCCCCUCUAUGCAACUGUGGCUUGUUUAAUCAAAAGAGAUCCACUGACUCAGCAUAAAAUAAUCUGCUGGCACUGAAUGCCAUUGCAGAAUAGGCAAUACUACAAAUAGAAUUCAGAUGCUCGGAGAGGUCUUUAGUUUGCGGUUUCCUGUCAAAGUACUUGUUCGUGUUGGAAAAGACUUGUCACUCAGAUAGGUUAAAGCUUUUCUCCUUUUGCCCAACUUAUAACCAAGUUCCUCCAAAGUGCUUCCGAACAAAAGGAAGCUGAUCAUUAUAGCCAAUAGUCUAAUCCCAGUUGGGGCAAAUCAGUGCAGCCAACUGCUCAACCAUAGAAAGCUAUUGCUUUCCCUCGAUGCAAACAAUACUGUAACACCUCAGGGGCACAGCAACGCAGAGGAUAAACAUGGGCUAUCUCCACGUGUUCUCUCUACAGAGUAGCGUUCCCAAGUGUGUUUUCCGGUUGCCGACACUUUUACACGGUCUGGUGCAAUGCUAAGAGAUGCAAAAUAAAGCCGACCAAGCAAAUGAUUAA